UAAAAUUGCAGUUGCACAGAGCAAGAUUAUUGAACCACCUUUGACAGGCUUAACAAACCUAAGCCCCCAAACAGUUGCUCCUGCUCCCCUCAUUGUAGUCUCCAAGCAAGCGCUCAGUGUAGCUUCCGAAUGCACAAAACCUGCUGCAAAAAGAGCAACCGAAAAUGUUCCGUGAAGUGUCACAAUCGCUCCGCAGCAGAUUUAUGGGAAGAGCAUUUGAUGAGACGCACUUCCAGUCAUGCUACAUUUCCAUCACCGCUCUCGCGAUUUACGCUGCCAACAUCACAGCAAACACUGCUCAAAGUAGAGAAGUCCGGCACAGAUGUUAGUCAGUUUCCCGUCGUUUCCAAAGCAGAUGUGAAAAAGAGAGAGUUGAAAGGAGCUAGUGGAAAGAGUUGUCAAGACUUACCAUUUCAAUUGACUGUAGAAUUCGUAAAAUUUUUAUCACUGCUGGACAAGAAAGACGAGGACGAGGCCGAGAAAGUGAUAGCGGAGAUGGCUGCUAAUGUUAGCAUGUGCCAAAUUGAAAACAACUCUGACGGAAAUUGCCUUUUCGAAGCUAUUAGUCAGUUGCUGUAUGGAACAGUUUGUCGGCAUUCGCAAAUUCGUACUAGAAUUGUUGACUAUAUAGCCAAUCAGAGAUCUAGUUUUGAAGACGCCGUUGUUGCAAUGAGAUCAGUCACUAUCAACGAAGAAGACAUAUCUAUUGAUAGUGAUGGAAUCCACAAUUCUGCGGACAUAUUUGAAAACUACAUUGAAGACAUGAGAGGGGAUCGAUUUUGGGGAGACACAAUAUGCAUUGAAGCUGCAUGCAUCGUCUAUAAGAUCCGCAUUACUCUACUGGUUUCGCCUGCGGCCUACAAAGUAGAUUUUAAUAGUGACGAUGAGAAAACGACCAAGCACUUACAUUUAGCCCAUAUCAACAACAGGCAUUUUCGAGCACUUCUUCCAUUUCAAUCUGAAAACAUUUCGACGCCAUCAACGUCUUUUCCACUACCACCUCUGGAUACGUCUCUUCUUCUAAAAAUUGUUGACUGCAACCUUGCAAUGGAAGAGCAAUAUCGUUGUUUUGGGCGCUUAGUAACUCCGGCAAAUGCGAACUACUCUAAUGUUCCCAAAGGAGUUUUGUCUUUGACUGAACUUUCUUGGUUAUACAGUAACCCAAAUCAACUUCCGGCUGCAAUUGCAUCAAUAAAGGAUGAUCCCGACGAUGUUUGCGACUUGGUAUGUUUGCACAGACGACUGGAGCGAAACAAAGCACUCAGAACGAUAAAGAAUGCGUUAAGCGAGGGUCCACAGGCUCAAUUGUGGAAGGAAUUUCGACGCAAACAUAGCUUACAAAAAACUCUAUUUAGCAAGGACAAACAUCUUUUCAGCUUACCUACUCCAGCUGAAAAAGUGGUUCAUAAAGUUUUGAUCAAAGAAACAAAGUCGAAAGAGCAAUCACGACAAACUGUGGCUAUCAUUGGACAAAAUGUUAUACGAAAUUGCGACAUUUGGAAACUAAAUGAAAGAACGUGGUUCAAUGACGUGCUGAUCAAUUCGUUUCAUCAGCUGUUUCAAACCGAUGUGAAUAGCGCGAGACCAAGACGAUUGCUUUGUUUAUCGACUUUCUUUUUUGAACAAUACUCUCGAAAAGGUUACCACGAGGUAAAGAAGUGGACUGCAAAGGAAGAUCUGUUUCAGUUUGAAAUUAUUGCAGUUCCAGUUCAUCUUAGAAACCAUUGGAUUGAAGUGGUACUUGACGUUGGCGAAAAAUGUAUUCGCGUGUAUGAUUCGCUUGGAAAAUUUCGCCAUGAUGUUGCAAAUAAGUUGAGUAAAUGGUUGGAAGAAGAGCAUUGCUCACGUUUCAGUUCUUCUCUAGGAAGUUUGUCUUGGCCUGUCUUUCACACUUUCAGUCCUGAACACAAGCAACAAGGUGAUUCGUACAAUUGUGGAAUAUACACGUGUGUGAACAUGAUGGCGGCGGCUGUAGGAAAUCCUUUCUUGUCAAUCAUAGUUGAGCCUAGUCAGUUUCGCAAAUGGCUUGCCUUUCGCAUUUUAAUAGGUGAUGAAAGAACGAUAAAAGGCAACAAAGAAAUUCGGUUAGGAAAAUCUGCAAAUUUACUGGCACCAUCUGCGACUUUACAACAGCUUAGACAAGAGCCUCAUAAACCGUCAAACACCAUGAUGACCCAUGAUCAUACAGGAGUUCAAUCUCGAAUUCAGAGUGUCACCGCCAUCAGCGGUUCUCCUAAUUUCGAGAAAAGCGAUUUGUGGCCUAGAAAGAAGAGACAAAAAUAUAUAGACUCCGACGCCGAAGACGAUGAAAUAGCUCUAACUAUGCAAGGGACAAGAUCUAUGGCAGAAUUUGAAAGAUAUCUAAACGAUGACAAUGGAUUGGAGACAUUGACUAGUCAGACUGUAGACGAGAGUCCAAAAAGAGAGAAAAGAAAACGAGUCAAGUUUUCAAACGCAACAGGGGGUAAAAAAAGAAAAAUUGAGCCGGAAACUAUAGAUAUCAGUGACGAUGAUGACAAACAAACAACCACAAGGAAAGUGUCAUUAACUACACCUGAGUCAACAGUUCAAACCAGGGCAGCUGUGCUGGCAAGGCCUAAUUUCAGUCCGAUACAUUGCUCAGAAAAAGAGAUAGAAAACUUUUUUUGGGAACUUGACGGCGGUGGCUACAUCACAGCACUUUUGGCAGCAUGUCCCGUCAAAAGUCCGGCAAAUUUUGGAAGAAAAGUUUCUAUGAAACAAUCCUUGGCUGCAUCGCAGCACAUAGUCAUGGCCGGGCGAUUCAGUUCAGCAGUGAUAAAGAGAAUAAACAAACUUUUCAAUCGCUGGUACUUCAAGAACGAGGCAGCAAAGAACACGGACCGUGAUGAUGUUUUGGAGCUUUUCGGAGUACCAAGUGAUUGGAGGUUUUCAGCCAAAGCACAUCAUGCAGCUUGUCAUAUCCUUUGCAGAUGGUAUCUAGGAACAUGGAUUACGACUGAAUUAAAUACCAAAGUAGAAAGAUUUUUAAAUGAGUAGUAGUUUUAGUUUUUGGGAAUUUAGUAAUGUUACAGUUUAUAUGUAUGUAUAUCUAGAUAUAUAUUGUAGAUCUGCAUCAAUCUUAAUUAUUCUCAUUCUUUUCGAAGUAACGUCUGAUAGCUAACAUUUGAAGCUGUUGGAGUUUAGUUGAUUGACGAUUUGGCAAGACAUUAAUUGCUAAUAAAGAAAAAAUGGCUGCCGAAAA